AAGAGUCAGGGUUCGUGCUUUCUCGUAACUGUUGACAUUUUAACCUAGGAGCGUCCCAGUAAAAAGGUGAAAAUGAAAGUGGAUAACUGAACAUAUUGUCAUAUUGUAUUCCAUUUUCAUCCAAUUUAUGUUUCUGAAGCUGAAGCUGAACAUUCAAGGACUGGGUCAAGUGUUCGUUCAACACGCACAGUAGAAAAGUGAUCCUAGAGAAACCACUCUCACCCGAGACACGAUCAAAGGUAGGAAUGAACAAGCGCAUGUGGAGUGAUGAAGAAACCAAAGCAUUUGUGGGUUUCAUGAAGGAGUUCGUUGUUGAUGGUCUGAAAACCGAUUCUGGACAAUUCAAACCAGGAACUUUUAAAAAACUAGCUUUGAAGAUGCUGGAGGCCUUCCCAACUUGUACCAUAACCGCCAAACAUUGCAAAAAUAAGCAUAAGCGAUUGAAGGAGAAGUAUCAAUAUGCCUCUGAGAUGUUGGCUUGCAGUGGAUUUGGGUGGAAUUCUAAAAAACAGUGUGUGGAAGUAGACAGUAAAGAUGUUCUUGAUGCGUGGACGAAGGUCGCACACCCGACCAAGUUCUACACUGUUGGGAAGCCAUUCCCUUUGUUCCACCGACUAGAGGGUAUAUUCGGAAAAGAUAGAGCCACGGGUGUAAGUGCAGUAAGUGGUUUCAACACACAGGAACAAGUUCAUGAAGAAGGGGAAGAUCAGAGUCCAGGAAUACUAGAGGGUACAUUCGGAAAGGAUAGAGCCACAGGUGUAGGUGCAAUAAAUGGUUUCAACACACAGAAACAAGUUCAUGAAGAAGAGGAAGAUCAGAGUCCUGGAUUGGACGAAUUUGAGGUGUCAGCAAAUACAAGCUUUGAUGGAGAGCAAGGAGCAGCUUCACACUCUGAGGCUGGUGCAGCUAGCGCAAGGCAUUCAGGAAAGAAGAGGAAGCAAAAUGACAUUCUAGAGAGGAUGGUUGAAUGUGUGCGGUUUUCUAUUGCUGCCCAAAAGAAGCAUGUUCAAGUACUUGCUGAUGCUAUUUCAGGUGUGAAUGAGAGGUUUAAGAUCGGCGAGAAGCUUGAACAACUUGGAUUCGAUGAUGAUGAGGUUGUGCAGGUCGUGUUGAAGUUUUCUGAUAACUCAAAUUUGGAGAAGAGCUUCUGGAGUUUGACAGAUUCUCAGAAGAUUGCAUUAGUGCGAUCCAUUCUAAGAUAGAAUUAGUGUUGAUUGUCUCCUGUUGUGGUAUAUUGUGAAACCUUUGGUAGUCUUUUGGAACUUAGUUAGGUUGAUUUAAGACUUUCAAUGUCCAAGUACAUAUUAGGUGACACAUAUUUCAGACUUGUAAUGGCAUUCUCAAACCACAAUCGCAAAAGUGUUCUCCAAUUACAUUAGAACUGUUGGUGCCAUUGGAACCACACUUGUAAAUCUUCUACUUCUGCAUGCCAUUAUUAACAAAACUCAUAUACCUGU